CCCCGCCGCGGCGCCAUGGCCUCGGAGUCGGUGAAGGUGGUGGUGCGCUGCCGCCCCAUGAACCAGCGGGAGCGGGAGCUGAACUGCCAGCCCGUGGUGACGGUGGACUCCGCGCGCGGCCAGUGCUUCCUGCAGAACCCGGGCGCCGCCGACGAGCCCCCCAAGCAGUUCACCUUCGACGGCGCCUACUACGUGGACCACUUCACCGAGCAGAUCUACAACGAGAUCGCCUACCCGCUGGUGGAGGGUGUCACUGAGGGCUACAAUGGCACCAUCUUCGCCUAUGGCCAGACGGGCAGCGGGAAGUCCUUCACCAUGCAGGGCCUGCCGGACCCACCUUCCCAGAGAGGCAUCAUCCCCAGGGCCUUCGAGCACGUUUUUGAGAGCGUCCAGUGCGCAGAGAAUACCAAGUUCCUGGUCCGGGCCUCCUACCUGGAGAUCUACAAUGAAGAUGUCCGUGACCUGCUGGGGGCUGACACCAAGCAGAAGCUGGAGCUGAAGGAGCACCCGGAGAAGGGCGUGUACGUGAAGGGGCUGUCCAUGCACACGGUACACAACGUGGCCCAGUGCGAGCGCGUCAUGGAGGCCGGCUGGAAGAACCGCUCGGUGGGCUACACGCUGAUGAACAAGGACUCCUCGCGCUCCCACUCCAUUUUCACCAUCAGCAUUGAGAUCUACGCCGUGGAUGAGCGGGGCAAGGACCACCUCCGGGCGGGCAAGCUGAACCUGGUGGACCUGGCGGGCAGCGAGCGGCAGUCCAAGACGGGUGCCACGGGGGAGCGGCUCAAGGAGGCCACCAAGAUCAACCUGUCGCUGUCGGCCCUGGGCAACGUCAUCUCGGCCCUGGUGGACGGGCGCUGCAAACACAUCCCCUACCGGGACUCGAAGCUGACGCGGCUGCUGCAGGACUCGCUGGGCGGCAACACCAAGACGCUGAUGGUGGCCUGCCUGUCGCCCGCAGACAACAACUACGACGAGACGCUGAGCACGCUGCGCUACGCCAACCGGGCCAAGAGCAUCAAGAACAAGCCACGCAUCAACGAGGACCCCAAGGACGCCCUCCUGCGCGAGUACCAGGAGGAAAUCAAGAAGCUGAAGGCCAUCCUGGCCCAGCAGAUGGGCCCCAGCAACCUGUCAGCCCUGCUGUCCAGUCAGGUCCCCCUAAACCCUGUCCAGAGUGAGGAGAAGCUGGCGCCCCCCUCUGCGCUCCAGUCUGACACAGAAGCCGAGAAGCAGCUGAUUCGGGAGGAGUACGAGGAGCGCCUGGCCCGGCUGAGGGCCGACUAUGAGGCGGAGCAGGAGUCCCGGGCCCGGCUGGAGGAGGACAUCACUGCCAUGCGCAACUCGUACGACGUGAAGGUGUCCACGCUGGAGGAGAACCUGCGCAAGGAGACAGAGGCUGUCCUGAAGGCGGAGGUCCUCAAGGCGCAGGGCAUGUCCAGGGCCGAGUUUGCCAACAGGUCUGAGCACCCCCCGGCCUUCCACUAUGAGACGGCCGUGAAGCCUGAGAUCUACUCCAUGGCGCACACCCUGCCCGGCGAGGAUGUCUCCAAGACUGAGGUUUCUCCCGGGUUCGAGGAGCUGCCCAAGGCGGAGACCUCCAAGUCUGAGCUGUCUCUGGGGUCUGAUGAGUUGUCCGGGUUCGAGGAGACCUCCAUGUCCGAGGCCUUCCCCGGGCCUCGGGACGAGGCGGAGGCCAAGGGCAGAUACUUCCCAGACCGGUGCCUCCACGGGGAGGCCACAGAGCCGCUGCAGGAGGGGCCUGUCCCCCAGGAGGAGGAGGAGGAGGAGGAGGAGGAGCAGCAGCCCCGGCUGUCGGCCCUGGAGCUGUUCCCCAGCCUGCACGACCCAUUUGCCGAGGUGGAAGCCAAGCUGGCCAGGCUCUCCUCCACAGUGGCCGGGACAGAGGUGCUGCAGGCCGGUGGACCCAAGGUCCCCUCGCAGCACCCUUCCCUGACCGAUCUGCUGGGGCCUGGUAUUGAUGUCACUGGGUCUGAAGCUGAGACAACUGCCUGCCUCCUGCCCAAGACUGAGGCUGGCCAGGGUCCCGAAGUGGUGGCCCAGGCCGCGGUGGCGUUGGAGCCUCCGCCUGAGCCCUUGCUGGCCGUGACAAGCGUGAGAAGGGACAGUGUGGGUGUGGAGGUGGCGGUGCUGACCGACAAGCUGCUCCCCGUCGUGGACCAGGAGCGGGUGCUGGCCCGCCUGCAGCUGUUGGAGCAGCAGGUGGUUGGAGGGGAGCAGGCCAAGAACAAGGACCUGAAGGAGAAGCACAAGCGGCGGAAGCGGUACGCAGACGAGCGCAAGAAGCAGCUGGUGGCGGCCUUGCAGAACUCGGACGAGGACAGCGGGGACUGGGUGCUGCUCAACGUCUACGACUCCAUCCAGGAGGAGGUGUGGGCUAAGAGCAAGCUGCUGGAGAAGAUGCAGAGGAAGCUGCGCGCCGCCGAGGUGGAGAUCAAAGACCUGCAGUCGGAGUUCCAGCUGGAGAAGAUCGAUUACUUGGCCACCAUCCGGCGGCAGGAGCGUGACUUCAUGCUGUUCCAGCAGCUCCUGGAGCAGGUGCAGCCCCUCAUCCGUCGGGACUGUAACUACAGCAACCUGGAGAAGAUCCGCCGCGAGUCCUGCUGGGACGAGGACAGUGGCUUCUGGAAGAUCCCCGAGCCCAUCAUCAUAAAAACCAGCCUCCCAGUAGUUCCAACAGGGCCACAGAACAAGGCGUCCUGCAAAACCUCGGCAGCAGACAACAGUGAACCGGGCACGGAAGAAGACCGCUACAGGCUGAUGCUCAGUCGGAGCGACAGUGAAAACAUUGCCAGUAACUACUUCCGGUCCAAGCGAGCCAGCCAGAUCCUCAGCACGGAUCCCAUGAAGAGCCUCACGCGUCACAGCUCGCCGCCUGGCCUCAGCUCCCCCCUCGGCAGCACCUCAGCCAUCUCGCCCACCCAGGCCCCAGAAAUGCCCCAGCCCCGGCCCUUCCGCCUCGAGUCCCUCGACGUCCCCUUCACCAAGGCCAAGCGGAAGAAAAGCAGAAGCAGCUUCGGCAGCAGCGAGCCUCUGUAAGCACGGCCUCCUCCCACCUGCCCCCGCCGGGUCUGGACGCCCCAGGGGGCCCCCCUGGAAGAGGCUUUUCCUUCCUGAUCCCCAGGCCGUCAGGAGGCUGGGCCUCCCUUGCAGAGGUGCGCCCCUCCUCCGUGCCCCCCAGUGUUGCUCUGGCCUCGAUGGGCUCAGAGACCCCACAGCUUUCACCAGCAGCCAACACCGGGGGCAGUGACAGCAUCUUGGCGACGGACAGUUGUGCCUCUGUCCACCAGGCCCCGACCCGGGGAGAGGCCGGGCGGUGCGGGCCCAGGAGUCCCGGAGCAGCUGUACCACGCUGCUAGGUCUACGGCCUAGGAGCUGCCCCACAUGAAGCCGCCCCAAUAAACUGCCUUUUACUGA